GCUUCGUUUUACUAUUAAAAAUAAAAGUAAGAAAGAAAAGAGAGAGAGAGUAGAGAAAACCAAGGCAAAGGAGCUAGUUUAAAACCCCCCGGCCUCAAUCUUUUGGUCUAAAAUUGGCUUUUAGUUUCCGUUAUCCGUCUUCUUCUCUCUUUCACAAAGUGUAUAUUUUUAUAUAAAAUAAUAAUUUGAAGUAAUUCCCAAUUCCCCAAAUCUCAAUCCCACCAAACCCUACAAUGAAAACCCUAAUUCAUUUUACCCUUUAGUUUCUGAUUUGCUGCUCUCAAAAUUCUAUUCUAAAGUUUUGUCCACGUAUUAUUCUCCUUUUUGUUUUUCUUUAAUAUUUCAAUAUUUGCAUAUAUAUAGAUAGAGAUUAAGGAUUUUUGGGUUAGUGGGGGGAAAUCUUUGAAGGGGAAUUUGAGAGAAACAAAUGGAAGGGAUACCACACCCGAUACCGAGAACGGUAGAAGAGGUCUUCAACGACUUUAAAGGCAGACGUGCUGGCUUGAUUAAGGCCCUCACCACUGAUGUUGACAAGUUCUACCAACAGUGUGAUCCUGAGAAGGAAAACUUAUGCUUGUAUGGACUCCCAAAUGAGACAUGGGAAGUUAACUUGCCUGUUGAGGAGGUGCCUCCUGAGCUUCCAGAACCUGCACUAGGCAUAAACUUUGCUAGAGAUGGAAUGCAGGAGAAGGACUGGCUAUCCUUGGUUGCAGUUCACAGUGAUUCAUGGUUGCUUGCUGUUGCUUUCUAUUUUGGUGCACGGUUCGGGUUUGGCAAGAAUGAGAGGAAAAGACUCUUUCUAAUGAUAAAUGAUCUUCCAAGCAUAUUCGAAGUUGUUACUGGAAAUGUAAAGCAGUCAAAGGACCAAUCUGCUAAUCAUAACAGUAGUGGCAAAAGCAAAUCAAGUGCUAAGUCUCGUCAAUCUGAACCCCAGAGUAAGAUGGUAAAGAUGUCUCCACCAUCCAAGGAUGAAGAUGAGAGUGGGGAAGAAGAGGAGGAAGAUGAUGAACAGGGUGCCACUUGUGGGGCUUGUGGAGAUAGCUAUGGAACAGAUGAAUUCUGGAUUUGCUGUGAUAUCUGCGAGAGAUGGUUCCAUGGCAAAUGUGUGAAGAUUACACCUGCAAAGGCUGAGCACAUCAAGCAGUACAAGUGCCCAAGCUGCAGUAGCAAGAGGGCUAGAGUUUGAAAGUAGUAGGUUCAGAAAUUGGACUUUAAAUCUAUUUAAAACGAAACAGACAAGGUUGGUUUUAUAGCCUUUUUCGUUACAGUUUAGAAGUAAAACAGAGCUUGGUCCGUUUAGUUGAUGAAUGAAUUUUAUGACUGCAUAUGGGAUUUUAUGUUUUGCUACUCUUUGUUCCUGCUUUGUUUAAUUUUUAUUGACAAUCGUGUUCUAAACU